AUGGCAGAAGACAGCACCAACACCACUCUCAAGAAUGAUCCGCUCAAGGGUGACAUCCAUAUCCGCGCCACCGCACGGGAGGAAGCACGCCAGGCCGCCGACCAAGAACGUGAUCUGACCUUUCUCGAUGCCGUCAAGCUCUACCCAACCGCCGUCGGCUGGUCCAUCUUCUUCUCCCUCGGUGUGAUCAUGACGGCCUUUGACCCACAACUCCUUGGGAAUCUCUACGCCACGCCCGCGUUCCAACGGGACUUUGGAUAUUCGUAUCAGGGCAAUUAUAUCAUCAGUGCGCCAUGGCAGACUGGUCUGAGCAUGGGCAAUCCCAUUGGACAGGUUGUUGGGUAUGUCGAUACGACGACUACGACUACUACAGUACAUGACAACAACUCUUUGCUGAUGCGACUCACACAGAGCUUUCUUCGCUGCAUAUCCCAUGGAAUGGUACGGAAGGAAGAAGACCUUCGGUGCCUGUGUCAUCUUCACAGCUGGCUUCAUCUUCAUUCAGUUCUUUGCCCGUUCGCUGCCCGUUCUGCUGGUCGGUGAGCUACUCGGCGGCUUAAUACUGGGGACCUAUUGCGUAAUUGCUCCUGCAUACGCUUCUGAAGGUACGCGGAAUCACUAUAACGCUUCCGACUUCCACACUGACGGCACCAGUGUGUCCUGUCGCACUUCGCGGCCUCCUCACCAGCUACGUCAAUGUCUGCUUUGUUGUCGGACAACUCAUCGCGAACGGCGUCAUUGCCGGAACGAGUCAGUUGGACAGCCACUGGGCCUACAGUGCACCAUUCGCUGCCCAAUGGAUAUGGCCACUGGUCAUCUUGAUCGGCUGGCCUUUCGCCCCGGAAUCUCCUUGGUAUUGAAUGCUUUACGAGAUGAUGCGACUGAGCUAAUUAUCUUCGCAGGUGGCUUGUGCGAAAAGGCCGUCUAGAAGAUGCCGAGCAGUCUCUACGCCGCCUAGCAUCUCCCAAGGUCGACGUCAAACCAACUCUUGCUAUGAUUGUAGAGACCGACCGACUCGAAGCCGAACUCGAAGCUGGCACUACCUAUUGGGACUGUUUCAGUAAAGUCAACCUGAGGAGGACUGAGAUCGCCAUUGGCGUCUACAGUAUACAGGUGGUCUCUGGGGUCUACUUGGUCGGGUACGCGACGUACUUCUUCGAACAAGCCGGCUUACCGACGAAGCAAGCCUUCAACAUGAGCGUGGGCUUCCUGGCCGUCGGACUCGUUGGGACACUCUUCUCAUGGGUCCUGCUCAUUCGCUUCGGCCGAAGACUCAUCUACAACACGGGUCUCCUCCUUCUGGUCAUACUCAUGUUCAUCAUCGGCAUCCUCGACUGCGUCCCCAAUUACACGGAAAAGAAAGGCGUCAUCUGGGCGCAGUCCAGCCUCAUGCUCGUCUGGAACUUCUGCUACGACUUCUCCGUCGGCCCCAUCUGCUUCGUCAUCCUCUGCGAAGUCUCGGCCACAAAGGUCCGCAGCAAGACGAUUGCCCUCGCCACCGCCGUCCAGGCGAUGCUGGCCAUCGUCAUGACGGUCGCGAUUCCCUACAUGAUCAAUCCCGACCAGGCCGACAUGCGUGGCAAGAUUGGCUUCUUCUACGGCGGCUUGUCGGCCGUCAGUCUGAUCUGGGCGUACGUCCGCAUCCCCGAGACGAAAGGACGGACGUACGAGGAGCUGGACAUCAUGUUCUCCCGUGGCGUCAAGACGGCGGAUUUCCAGUCCUACAGGGUCGAAGGAAUAGAUUAG